AUGUGCUCAGUGCAAGAGGAGCAGAGAAACCCGGGCAGAGCCUUAAGCUGUUUGCCAGCUACGCCAAGGAACUCCCGCGUUUCUCCUGGGCGCUCCCGCACUGAAUUUCUCUAUCUGAAUGAUAAUCUGGUCAGGAGAGAAGAAACCUGCCAGGCUGUGACAGCCCCCUGCUCGCCGCUGGAACUCGGCGCUGAAAGCGUGGGCUGCGGCAGACUUUACGAGCGAGACCGCUUGAGGUCUCGGGACACGUGUCUCGGUGCCGUCAUCGGACUCAUUGGUCGCAGCUGGGCCAUGGUGUUUGCUUCUGGAGGCUUCAAAGUGAAACUUUAUGAUAUUGCACAACAGCAGCUAACAAGUGCACUGGAAAACAUUCGGAAGCAAGUGAAAGAGCUGGAGGAGUCAGGAUUCCUGAAAGGAGCGUUGAGUGCGGAGCAGCAGCUGGCUCUCAUCAGCAUCUGUACAGACCUGAAGGCAGCAGUAGAGGGUGCUACUUUCAUUCAGGAAUGUACUCCGGAGAACCUGGAACUGAAAAAGAAGAUUUUCGGUCAGUUAGAUCUUAUUGUUGAUGACAAUGUUAUCUUGAGCAGCUCGACCUCUUGUCUCUUACCCAGCAAAUUGUUCACUGGCCUUAAGCAUGUUAAGCAGUGUAUUGUGUCACAUCCUGUAAAUCCACCUUACUUUGUGCCAUUGGUUGAAAUUGUUCCUCAUCCAGAAACAGAUCCUUCUACAACAGAGAGAACAUAUUCCCUGAUGAAGAAGAUUGGUCAAUCUCCUGUCAAACUAAACAGAGAAAUUGAGGGGUUUGUUCUGAAUCGACUCCAGUAUGCGGUAAUAAGUGAAGCCUGGAGACUUGUGGGUGAAGGAGUAAUAUCUCCUACUGAUCUAGACCUUGUGAUGUCUGAUGGAUUGGGAUUGCGAUAUGCAUUUAUUGGACCUCUGGAAACCAUGCAUCUUAAUGCAGAAGGUAUUUCAAAUUAUUGUGAAAGAUACCGUGAUGGUAUGAGACUUGUUCUGAACACCUUUGGACCAGUUCCAGAAUUUUCAGGUGAAAUUGAGCAGAAGAUCAAUCAGGCAAUGUCUGAAAAAAUUCCAGUUGUUCCGAAAGUCCUGGAUGCCAGGAGAAAAUGGAGAGAUGAAUGUCUUGCUGGUCUUUCCAAACUGAAAAAACAAAUGAAAUCUGACUGAGGUGCACCUUGUUUAACAAGAGAGACCAAAUGAAGAGCAAAUCUUCAAAAAAGUGGAAAUUUUUUGUCAUGCAGAAGAGGAGACUGAAUGUGCAACCAAUGAUAUGCACAAAUGUAGAGACCAAUGAAACAUUUGGUCGAAAUUUGUCAUGACGUAAUUCAUGAAUAACUAGAAAAAGUUGUUUAAAAGUUCAGUUUAAUCAAAUUAUUACGUAUAUACAUUAGAUGUGUAAGCAUUAAGUAGCUUUAGCAAUAUUAAUAUUGUGCAAUGCUGGAACACAAUCAUGUUUUAAAGAAUGCAUUUUUCAGCUUGCUUAGGAAUUCAGCGCUUGAACAGUAUUUGCUUAUGCAGGGAUCUGAAAUAGGCAAACAUCAGCUGUUUGUCACUGGAGAAAAUAAGCCCUCAGCCGCCAAGCACUGUGACAGCGAGGUUAAUUUGUAAAGCACUGGCUGUAGGUAGGAGAAGGCUAUGUUGAGCUAAGAGUAGAUUCACUGGCUGGUGAGCUGAGACCUCAGCAGCAGUAAGGGUCACUUCAGCUUAGCUCUGUAACUGUUCACAAUGUAGGGGAAA